UGCUUCCCCCUGCAGGUCCCCGUGGCCUUCAACGACGCUUCGUUCAGCUUCUCGGAGGAGGAGUGGAAGAGCCUGAACGAGUGGCAGAAGGAGCUGUACAGGCACAUCAUGAAAGGCAACUACGAGGCCGUCAUCUCCAUGGAUGCUGCCAUUUCCAAGCCUGACAUGCUGUCCCGGAUUGAGCAGGGAGAGGAUCCCAACGCCGAGGAGCAGGAGGAGUCCGAGGCAGGGGAAACCCCCACAGACCCCAGCACCGAGUUUUUCUUCCCUGGGCCCGACGAGAGCUCGUGGGGUAAAUAUGAGGAGACUCUGGCUGAGAGCCACGAGGGCUCUGAGGAAGAGGAGAGCAUGGAGGUCCCCGGUACAUACGAACAGCCCUGCGACGAGGAAGGCCCCGAGAGCCUGGAGCUUCCCAAGUCGUUGGCAGGGAAGUGGGAAGAGGUUUUUUCCAGCCCAGAGGAGGAGAUGCAGUCGAGCAGCAAGAGCCAGAGCGGGUCGGACCCGCAGCAGCGAACGGCAGCGGGCAACGGGCUGAGGCGCUCCGUGCGCCGCAGGAAGGACUUGGCCAAGAAGGAUCCUCCCGAGGAAGGAGCCGCGGAAAAGGGGCCCUACAUCUGCUGCGAGUGCGGGGAGAGCUUCCUGGACAAGCAGCUCUUUGCCACCCACCAGAAGGCACACGCCAGGGAGGAGGCCUGCACGUCCCUGGAGCGCGGCGAGGGCCUCUGGCAGAAAUCCAAGCCCAAGGGCCAGGGCUCCUCCCGCUCCAAACCGUCCAAGCGCCCCGACGGCGACAAGGGCUCCGGCUUCAAGUACGGCCUCGUCAGGCACCAGGUGAACAACAUGGUGGAGAGGCCUUACACCUGCUCCCAGUGCAAGGAGAGCUUCAGCCUGGAAGUGAGUCUUAUCCUGCACCAGAAGCUGCACACGGGGAAGGGCGACGGGCCGCUGACGUGCACCUACUGCGGGAAGGACUUCCGAGACCUCUCCAAAGCCAUCCGCCACCAGCGCAUCCACACCGGCGAGAGGCCCUACCAGUGCACGGAGUGCGGGAAGAGCUUCAUCCGCCGGGAUCACCUGCUCAAGCACUGGCGGGUGCACACCGGGGAGACCCCCUACCAGUGCCCCGUCUGCGGGAAGCACUUCCGCUACAAAGAGUCCCUGAAUUGCCACCAGAAAAUCCACUCCCGCAACCCGCGGCCCACGGAGGAUUCGCAGCUGGGCCUGGAGUCGUCGGGGACCCAAACCAAGCAUUUCUGCGUGAAAAAAGAGACUACGCAGUAGCCGAGGUGGGGCCGGGGCAGGAGGGCUCGCGGUGACCGUGACGGCGCAGCAUGAUGGCGGGUGACUUGUAUCGCAGCUAAUCCAUGUGGUCAUGCUACAAAAGCUUUGGUGAAGCAUCCAAGGAAUUCCUCUUACAAACUCUGACCGGCCGGCCCAGGCACCUCUGCGGCCCCGCGGGGUCCCGUGGCUCUCCCGCCGCGGCGGCGGCCCCCGCGCAGGGUUGGAUUUUGCCUGUAGAGAAUAAUCCCGAGCGAUUCUCCGGGGCCCGUAUUUAGCAGGUGUUCCCCCACCUAUCUUUGUGCAUAUUCAGGAGUGACAAGCUUUCGCUUUCUUUUUUCCACUCGUUUCACUGCAAGGCUGGAAGCGCGAGGAGGGAGGAGGGAAGGAAGGUGCCAUUCCCAGGCAGCUGGUCGCCCGCUCCCCGUCGUGCCGCCGUGUCCCGAGAGGCUGCGAGGCCGGGAUUGGGAGGAAGGGAGGAGAGGCGAGGCAGAGAGGUGGGUUAGGGCACGACACGGGGUUUGUGGAAGGCGGGAGAGCGGAGAGGAGAGCGCGGCAAAGAGCAAGGUGAGAGAAAGCAGGUGCAGGAGAAGGGGCUGAGGACAUUGGAGCAGGAGGAGUCGGGAAGGGCAGCGUUUGGAGGCGUGGUGGGAUCACGCCUCCCUUCUUUGGAAGGGUGUCUCUGGCACCAGCCAGGCUGUGGUUUCCCUCUGGCCCGAGGGGACGGCGCUGCUGGGCUGACACACGGACUCCUGUCACUGAAGGUGAUUUUAUUACUGUUUUUUAACUGGGUUUGGUCUCACUCAGGUAAGUCAGACGAGUGAAAGCAGCUUCUCCUAACCCCUGUAAAGAGCUGUUUGGUUUUUAGUUAACCUAGAAGUAGUAUAUUAUUAUUAUUAUUAUUAUUAUUAUGAACUAUUAUUAUUAUUAUUAAUUAUUAUGAUGAUGAUAAUACUACAAGGAAAGGUGUGACACUAUAUUUCACAGUUGCUCUAAAACACUUCCAUGUUAUGCGAUAAACGCCCAGAGUUUUCCAGCCGUUUGUGUAAAUAUUGGUUGACUUCUGGAGCUGUUGGUGUUGUUCCGAGGUGCCUGUACGUGGUGUCUCUUCGCUGUGUAUCGUCAGCUGCUGGUUCGUGACCGUGUUUUGUAACAACUUUUGUAAAGUCUGUCAAUACAGUGUUUCCACUCUGAA